AAACAUCGAAGUCUCACCUAUUGCACAGCCCUAUACCUGAAAUUACAUAUAUACCCAUCAGAUUUCGAUUUUCCCGAGUUCACUGAAGGUUAAAUCGGGCAAUAAAUCAAAGAAGCUGAAAACCCUAGCUUUAUUACUCCACCCUUUUAUAUUCUUCAAUUUCUGAAAACCCUAAUCCUCCUUUUCUCCUCUAUCAAAGAGUAAGCCCAACAAUGCCGCCCAAGUUUGACCCAACACAAGUCGUCGAUGUGUUCGUCCGCGUCACCGGCGGCGAAGUCGGAGCUGCUAGUUCCCUCGCUCCGAAGAUCGGUCCACUCGGUUUAUCUCCCAAAAAGAUCGGUGAAGAUAUUGCCAAGGAAACCGCAAAGGAAUGGAAGGGUCUCCGCGUGACCGUCAAGCUCACUGUUCAGAACCGUCAGGCGAAAGUCAUGGUUGUCCCGUCGGCGGCGGCGCUGGUGAUUAAGGCUUUGAAGGAGCCUGAAAGGGAUAGGAAGAAGACCAAAAACAUCAAGCAUAAUGGGAACAUUGGCCUUGAUGACGUCAUCGAGAUUGCUAAAGUAAUGAGGCCAAGGUCGAUGGCGAAGGACUUAAGAGGUACGGUGAAGGAGAUUCUGGGCACCUGCGUCUCCGUGGGAUGUACGGUUGAUGGCAAAGACCCCAAGGAUUUGCAGCAGGAAAUCGACGAUGGCGAUGUCGAUGUUCCCCUGGAGUGAGAAUGCUUGUUUUCUUUUUUUCUUUUAUUAUCAAUAUUAUUCUCCCGUUUUUACUUUCCUUUUUUUUUUUAAUUUUUGUUUAGUUUUAAUGUUUUGGACAAUUUGCCGAUUUUUGUUCACCAGAGGUUGUUUUUGAGGUCAAGUUAGACGAUUUUAACAUUUAUGGAUCCUCAAAUCGCUCUAUAUGUGAUGUUUUUUUACUUUGUUUCCUUAAA